CUUUCUAUAUGUUUGACUUUGUUUCUUUUCUUUUCUUUUUCCCAUGUAAACGCAUCUCUGUAUCUCGAUCCCUCUUUCAAAUUUUGGUUUUUCUCUUCAAACUCGAGCUCAACUUAUUUUUGGUCAAUUCCAUAACGCGAGUGAAUCAGGAAUAGGAAAUCCCUCACCUCUACCUUUUUAGGUUAAACUGUUAUGCCUUUUUGUGACCUGCAUGAGUGAGAAGCUUUAUAUCUGUAGACAAUAUUUGUCCUUGGAGUUAGGGCUUGGAAUAUUGUUGAUAACAUUCAGGAAGAAGAGCUUUGGUGCUACAAAAGAAUGCCUCAAGGAAGCUACUAAUAUCAACAAGUUGCUUUCAACCUUGGGGAUCCCCAAAAUGUUAUUGGUUCUCAUCACACUACCAUCCAGAUGUGGGACCUUAGAUAUGAUUAAGCUUUUUAACGGGCUAGGAUGCAUGCAAGAGCAACUUUCUAAAGGCUGAUUUAAAAAAUUCACGUUGU